AUGAUGGAAAAUUCUUACUUUCCGUAUUACAUAUGUCGAAAGAGUAACGCAACGGUUAGUGCAGUUGCGAUUAUACGUUGACAGGAACCAAAACGAGGAUGCUGCGAGAAUACUUCCACCCCCAUUCCUCCAGUGAACAGUCCACAGCAAGAUUAUCGUUAUCGUUCGGCGAUCCGGAAACCGAAAGAGGCUUGCGACCUGGGAAAAUGCAAGUACGCUAAGCUACAGGCGGAGACAACGUUCUGUAACACUCAGAAGCUGUUGGACAAGAUACAGAACUUGAAGAAAAGCAUCCAGGAAUUAGAAACCUGCCAAUCACGUGGAAAACAAGAGACCUCCAGAAGGAAGGAUGGCACUACUCAAACGCAAGAUCUGGUAGUGACUGAUUUAAACAGCGCUCGACUGAUAGUGAAUAAUUCGAUCAAACAGAUGACGAAAUUGAAAACCUUCCUGGACGAUGAAUAUUGCUGGUGGAAGAUGUUCAAGAAGAUGGACUUCACCUGUUGCGACACAAAAGUGCCCCACCUGCAUGGUUACUUGGAUGGGACCAUGAUUACAUUGAAAAUGAUGGAAGAAAAUAUGGAGGAUGGUUUUCUGCCACCGGCCUUAAAGCGAGCUUCGGUAAAUGUAACUGACGACGAAGAGGAUUUCGAAGAAUCGUAUGUGGAAAGUUUCCUUGAAAAUACGAGGAAAUAUAAGGAUUCCUCGAAUAGUCCGAUCCCGAAUUUGGAAUUUCACGAUUCAAAAAGCGAUGAUUCUUGCAAGAAACAAUGUCCAACCACCUGUUCAUCCGAUGAUCGUACUCCGAAAGAAAUAAAGACCGUGGACGAUGAUCUUGAGCCGCGUCCAAGCAUAAGUGGACUGUUCAACACGAUGGAGGAUAGGAUUAGUUCUGCGCUUAAGCUACCAAGAGAGUCAAAACAGGACAGGAGUUCGACCGAUCUCGCGAAGAGAUCGAAGAGAACGUUCAGUAGCGAGAACACAGCGAGCAAGAAAGCCGUUACCAUCGACACGAGCACCUCUAUGGAUAUACUUGCGGACCUUGUAAACGGCACUAUGACGAAGCCGAAGGGUCUUAAGUCCUUGAUGACAAAAACCUUCGCUAUGAAGCCCACCAAAUCGUCCUCGAGGCAUCAGAAACCAAGCACCUAUUUAGAGAGUAGACCGUAG